CGGAAAACCGAGAUCCGAAAGCCGCACCCGAUCAUUCAUUACGUGACAAAUUCACUCACUCACUCUGAAGAGAAGACUGCAGUAGCAAUAACAAACCACACUCACUUUCUCUCUCUAGCUUUCUCUCUCUAAGAUGGCCGGAAUCCGGUUGCAACCGGAGGACUCCGACGUCUCUCAACAAGUCCGAUCGGUUUCCCUCUCCACCGCCGAUCUCGUCUCCGACGACGACCGUUCCAUCGCAGCCGACUCGUGGUCCAUCAAGAGCGAGUACGGCAGCACUCUCGACGACGACCAGCGCCACGCCGACGCCGCCGAAGCUCUCUCCAACGCCAAUCUCCCUCCUCCCUCCGACUACAGCUCUGAUAAGGAAGAACCUGAUGCUGAAGCAGUGGCAUCAAUGCUGGGGUUUCAGAGCUACUGGGACGCUGCGUACUCAGAUGAGCUCACAAAUUUUCGUGAACAUGGUCAUGCUGGUGAAGUUUGGUUUGGAGUUGAUGUGAUGGAAGUAGUUGCAUCUUGGACUAGGGCAUUGUGCAUUGACAUUUCUCAAGGCCGGUUACCAAAUCAUACUGAUGAUGUUAAGGCUGAAGCUAGUGAAUUAGGUGAUAAAAUUUUGUCUAGUUGGAGUGUACUUGACAUUGGGACUGGCAAUGGUUUGCUUCUCCAAGAGUUAGCUAAACAAGGGUUCUCUGAUUUAACUGGUACUGAUUAUAGUGAACAGGCCAUCAGCCUUGCCCAAAGCCUUGCAAAUCGUGAUGGAUUUUCCAAUAUCAAAUUUGUGGUUGAUGAUGUCCUUGAAACAAAGUUGGAACAAGAGUUUCAACUUGUUGUGGAUAAAGGGACACUAGAUGCUAUUGGAUUGCAUCCUGAUGGUUCUGUCAAGAGAAUGAUGUAUUGGGAUUCUGUUGCAAAGUUGGUUGCUCCUGGUGGUAUACUUGUGAUCACAUCAUGUAACAAUACAAAGGAUGAGUUGGUACAAGAAGUGGAAAGUUUCAACCAAAGAAAUCAUGCUGAGGAAUCAUGCAGAGAUCCCCUGUUUCAAUACGUAAGUCAUGUCCGCACAUAUCCGACAUUCAUGUUUGGUGGAUCCGUAGGCUCCCGUGUUGCUACUGUGGCAUUCCUUCGGAAAUGAAAUGCCUGCCAUUUUACCCUCAUGAUUUAGGUCUUUGGUGAACGGGUUUGGGAUUGUGUGUCUGUGUAGGUAGAUGCAUCCUAACUUUUAAUGUUAUGUUAGUGUCAAACCGUAAAUAUUUUUCUUAUCUGUGUGGUGGUAAGUUCCCUCACCCUUUCUUUUGGGUGAGUAGUUGUGAAUCAUUCGGAGUUCAUAAACAAAGGAAGGAAAAAAGAGAGUUCAGCUUGGCAUAAAGUUAUUUUACUCCA